AUGGAUGGCUGCCGGCCAGAGGCCGACAACGUGUUCGGACCUGUGGUGGCAUCCUGCCGCGAUGGAUUUGACUUCACUCUGCUUUUCGAACAGGCCAUUCUCUCGGUGGCACCGUCCGCGCUCGUGCUCGCAGCAUCGGCAUAUCGCCUUCGGGUGCUCUAUCGUCAACCCAGCAAGACCAUCUCCACGGCGUCAGUGCCCUGGGCAACAGCGAAGCAGGCGGCUAUACUCGGCUUUGCGAUCACGCAGUUGAUCCUCACUAUCCUGUGGGCGGUACCGGGGCACAAUCCCACGCAACUGUCCAUCGCAGCAUCUGCGCUUUCCUUCACCAGCAGCAUCGUGCUCGCCGGGCUGUCGUAUGUGGAACACGAUCGGUCGGUCCAUCCGUCGGCCAUCCUCACCACCUACCUGCUUUUCUCUAUUCUCUUCGAUGUCAGUCAAAUGCGGACGCUCUGGCUUCGACGGACAGACACUGCGAUUGCGAUUGUAUUCAGCGUCGGCACCGUGAUGAAAGCGGGCAUGCUUGGCGUAGAGAUGGUCGGAAAGCGCUCCAUGCUGCAGUCGCCCUAUCGAGAUUGGUCGCCGGAAACUUUGGGGGGAGUAAUUAAUCGGAGUGUCUUCUGGUGGUUGAAUGACCUCCUGCGCAAGGGCUCCGCCACUGUACUGCACCUAUCUGAUCUGUACCCGCUGGAUCCAGGCCUGGAGUCAGCUCGUCUGCAGUCGAGCCUGAAAGCCGCCUGGGAGAACGCCGCUCAGCAAAAGACCUACGCGCUAUUACUCGCAACCUUCAUCUGCUUCUGGAAGCCGAUGGUGGCGGCUGCUAUUCCUCGAAUUGCCCUUAUCGCCUUCAAGUUUUGCCAACCGCUUCUCGUCGACCGCGCGGUCUCCCUGCUCAGCGAGCCUUACGGCCCUAAAGAAACCAAUAUCGGUCGCGCUUUGAUCGGCGCAACGACCUUGGUUUAUGCCGGAGUGGCAGUAUGUACGGCGCAGUAUAAACAUAAAACAUAUCGCUACAUUACUAUGAUGCGCGGUGGGCUCAUCAGCUUGAUAUACGAUACGACCCUUCAGCUUGAUACUCAGGCAGCGAAUGAAGCAGCUGCGAUUACUCUGAUGUGUACGGAUAUUGAUAGAAUUGUAGCCGGAUUUGAGUGGGCUGAUGCUCUCUGGGCUGGACCUAUCGAGAUCGCCGUUGCCAUUUACCUGCUCUACACUCAGAUAGGACUGUCUUGCCUUGGGCCCGUGAUCAUCGCUGUCCUGUUUGUGGUGACCAUGCUCGCUUUUGGCAAGCUCUCCGUCAAGUACCAAAGGGACUGGAUUGAAGCUGUGCAGCGCCGCGUCACCGCCACCUCCUCAGUGCUUGAUAACAUGAAGGGAAUCAAAAUGUCCGGCUUAUCAGACGUGUUCAAUGCAGAGCUCCAGCAGCUGCGAGUUCUGGAACUCACAGUUUCCUCGAAGUUCCGACAAAUCAUCGCGCUCUGCGCGGUGCUUUCAAACUUUUCAGGCGCCACUAUCCCCAUCUUGACUUUGAUCAUUUAUGUCUUGGUUACUCGAGCGACAACGGGGGUGGAACUUAAUCCGUCUGUGGCAUUCACAUCAAUCUCGCUCGUCGCAUUGCUGGCUGCCCCAAUCCAACAAUUUGCGACGGCCCUCAUCCACUUUGCCGCCGCGACUGGCUGUUUUCAGCGAAUCCAGGAAUACCUGUUAAAGACCGCCCAGCGAGAGGAUCACGUCUCUAGGCCACCUUUCACAACAGAAACUUUGAAUGAAGUAGAGCUCCAGACUAUGAAUCCGUCCGCACGCCGGCACUUGCAAACGGAGAAUCUUCUGUGUCUCCAGGGUACUGCGUUUGCCUUCACCCCUCGGGGAACCCCGGUUCUCCAUGACAUCUCACUGGAUUUACCGGUUGGUAUACGGACAGUAGUGGUUGGGCCUACUGGGAGCGGGAAGACUGCACUGCUCUUGGCUUUAUUGGAUGAACUGUAUACUAUCAAGGGAUUCGUCUACUCGCGCUCGUCGCUUAAAAUAGGGUAUUGUGCGCAAGCGACGUGGCUUCCGAACCUAGAAAUCCGUUCAAUCAUUCUGGGAGACGCUGACUAUGACGAGAGCUGGUACUUGAAGGUCCUUUGGGCUUGUGCAUUGCACCAGGAUCUUCAGGCUUUACCAAAAGGGGACAGAUCGAUCAUUGGGAGUAAAGGUACUAGUCUAAGUGGAGGGCAGAAACAACGAAUCAGCUUAGCUAGAGCACUCUACGCGGGGACACAGUUACUUUUACUGGACGAUGUGCUGAGUGGGCUUGACGCGAACACAGAGCAAACCGUGCUUGACAAUGUGUUUGGGCGACAUGGAAUUUGCCGCAAGACCGGAACAGCUGUGGUUUUCGCCACACAUUCAGGUAUCACAGACUUUCUCAUUCGUUGGAGAACCUGCCUUUAUGUGAAACAAGAUACUGACUUUGUCUCAGCCCAGCACGUCAAGAAGGCUGACCAUGUGAUCAUUAUGGGACCCGGAGGAACUAUUCUGAAGCAGGGCACCCCAUCCUCUGUCAACUUGGUCAGCGCGUACGACGAAGAGAGCGACUCUGAGAUGACGGAUGAUGAUGAUGCUGCUAAUCUCCAAGGCGCUCUUCCCCCGCCGCGGCCGGAAAUAGGAGAGCAAAUGGAAGGGGAACCAGAGGGGGCAGAACUUCUGCGUAAGACCGGUGAUCUCCGUCUGUAUUCGUACUAUUUCCGAAUGCUCGGUUGGGAGGCCACAACAGUCAUGGCAGUCAGCUGUGCCCUCUUCGCUUUCAGCGCCAAGUUCCCAACGGUCUGGCUCGAUUGGUGGUCCGAUGCUGAGACCCAGCACCCAGGGCAGCAGACAACCAUGUACAUGGCCGUCUACGGCAUGUUCUGCGUAAUCUGUCUCAUCGUCCUCAUAGUGGGCAUCUAUGUACUAGCCAUGGCGGGAAUACCUCGGUCGUCCAACAAACUCCACGCUAUCCUGCUUCAAAGGGUGAUGGCCGCUCCAUUCUGGUUUUUCGUCUCGACAAUUGGCCUUCGAACGGCGAGAUUGUCGUCUCAAAUCUUAGCAGCCAUUAUCGGUGAGAAAUUGGGUAUCUGUGGCCGCACGGGAAGCGGGAAGACAUCGUUUAUCCUCACCAUACUUCGCCUAACGGAGAUCACCAAGGGCGAGAUCUUUCUGGACAGUCUCCCCCUCUCGAGCCUUUCGCGGAUGCUCGUACGGCAAAGCAUUACGGCCAUUCCGCAGGAGCCACUCAUUCUGCGCGGCACGGUCCGCUUUAACGCUGACCCAUUUUCACGACACUCUGACGGACGGAUCGUCUGGGCCUUGAUGGAAGUGGGAAUCUGGGACCUCAUUACUACACGAGGCGGCCUCGAUGCCGAAAUGGACAAUGUUGCCUUGUCGCGCGGUGAGCAGCAGCUGUUCUGUCUAACUCGCGCACUCUUGGCCAAGCCGCGUAUUCUCAUACUGGACGAAGUGACCUCUAGCGUCGACAGCGUCCGUGAAGAACACGUAAUGAAGGUGCUGCGCCGCAACUUUGCGGAAGCAACUGUGCUUAUGAUUGUGCACCACUUGCAAUUUGUGCGACAGUUCGAUAGGAUCUUAGUGCUGAAUCAAGGAAAGGUGGUCGAAUGGGGCGAGCCGGAGCAGUUAAUGACGCAGGACUCGGCUUUCCGGUCUUUAUUGAAAAGUCAGCAAGGCACCACGGCAUAUAGACACCCGCGAACCUCAGGUACUCGUGGCACUCUUGCAUGA